AUGACAACGAGCUAUUUGAGUCUCCCCCCUAUCUCCUAUCCGAACGCACUUGAUGGGGCUGAUCGCUCGAGCUUGGGAGAAAUAGUCAACGAGAUCAAAGCUGUCAAGGAUAACAAAUCAUUAUUAGUCGUAAAAGCAAAGAAAGGAAAGGGUAAUUUGAAAAAGGAUCAUUGGACUCCUGUUGUAGGUCACGAAGGUGGAGACAAAGAUGAUACGAGGUUCGGUGAUUCGAUCACGUUUUACGCUCCGGCUUCUGCGGAAGAUACACCAAUUUGGCAUAAUCACGUCAUCAAGUUUUCUUCGCUCCGACAGGAGCAUCCGCAUUUUACAGUACAGCUUGAAGGGGAUUCGCUGCCAAAUCGAAGAACGGGAGCUUUGUUGUCCCAUUACUCAGAGUUGGGUACGCAGAUCAUCUUUUGUUUAGGUUGA